AUGAGUACAACAACAAGACCCACGCAAAAACCGCCCACUUCGGCCCUCACGCCAAAAAAGCUAUACCUUGUAUUAUACAACUCCGCCUCGGCGGUGGCCUGGCUGACGGUGCUCGGGAGGGUGGUCGUGACGUUGAACUACAAGGGGGAUCCGUUUUUCGUUCCGUUGGUGGUGGACAAUUUCGCGAGGGUGACGCAGACGUUUGCUGUGAUGGAGAUUUUGCAUGCUUUGACUGGCGUCGUCCCCGCCCCCGUCUUCACAACCCUCAUGCAAGUCGCCUCCCGCCUCUUCCUCAUGUACGCCAUCACGCUCCCCUUCCCCCAGCUCAACUCUUCCUUCUGGUACUCCUCCAUGCUCUGCGCCUGGGCCACCACCGAGGUUAUUCGAUACACCUACUUCGUCUUCAAGCAAUUCGACCGCAUCCCGGCUUCUCUUCACUGGCUGAGGUAUUCUGCCUUUUUGAUCCUCUACCCUAUUGGGAUCAGCUCCGAGGUUGCCAUGACGCUCAGGGCUCUUUGGGGUCCUGCGAGCAGUGAGGCGUUUGCUUGGAGCAGCUGGUACCCUCAUGCGCUGGGGGCAGUGUUGUUAAGUUAUAUCCCGGGGAGUGUGGUGCUUUAUGGGCAUAUGUUGAAGCAGAGGAGGAAGUAUCUUGGUGCUGGGGCGAAGGGGGAGGAGGUUAAGAACCAGAAGAAGAGACAGUAAAUGAGAGGUUGAGGAAUCUAGGGGAUUAACAGAGUUAAGAUGAGGUCCAAGACGGGAGGAUCUGGCAUUGCGUUAUGGCAUUACGACAUUGGUUUUUUGGACGACCAUGGUUACGAUUGCAUCAGUUUGCACUUUGAAGGAAAACAGCGGUCAUUUCCAAUGCGUUGAAAAGGACGGGGCGGAAAAGAUCAACGUGUGUGGUAUCUUACUUGUGUACUAGUACGACGUUAUAGACAAGAGGAGGAGCAUCAUAGAAAGCGAAGCCGCGAGCACCUGGUUAUCUAGAAAGGCAAGGAGGAAAAGGGGGCGGAAGGAGAACCCCAUAACAAAGAAGAACGCCGAUUUCCAAAACAAAGCAACCGUCCCAACCUCAACGCCGAGCCAUUGGCCCCUUAUUAUGUUGUCCUUAUGCGUGUAUCGUCUCUGUCGAGCUCUCAUACCAUUCCUGGUUUACCCAGCUUGCGAUCAUAUCUCUCGCAUCAGCGGAGAGUUUGUCAUAUCCUGGAUUCUCUUUUGGUUCGAACAUUGCUGUCGUCUUUGUUAGCCACCCUCGUUUGGAUCUCACAACUGGAAGAAUACUCACACAUGUGCGCCCAAGUCUCAUCCCUCGCCUUGUCGUUAACUGCUGGUCGCCAAUCCCCGGCCUGAUCCCUCUGCGGCACCACGCAAAACGUCCUCUCGUCUCCCAGCACUGUGCCGACCAUGCUGACCUUUUCGAGAGCCCCCGCACUUUUCCCCAGCCGGGUGUAGAGGUUCCCGAAACCGACGUUCAGCUCCUUGUUGAGGCGCAUCAUGUACGCCACCCGCUUUCGAAGUUCUUCUUUUCGGGCGAGGCAGCCGACGAAUUCGAGAUGGGAGGUGGCCCAGGUGAGGCCUUGGGUUAUCUGCUCGCGCUUGAGGUAGGCCGCCGCUCCUGUUGCGGUUAUUGCGCCUACUGCUCCGGCUGCCAGGGCGAGGGUCCCCCAUUUUCCCCACCCGCCUCCUCCGGUUUGUGGUUUUUGGUCUGGUUGUUGUUGUUGUUGUUGUUUCUGGGUGGAUGGUGGGGCUUCGAUGGCUUUUUGGGGAGCUUGUCGUUGUUGGUGGUGGUUUUCUUUGGCUGCGUUGGAAGAAGCACCGCCCCAUAUCGAUGCCAGGCCGCUUAGUUGACCCAUCACUUCUGCUGCCUUGGAGUAGUGCGUUUCUGCCCCGUGGGCGACGACGCCGGGGGAGAUGCCGAGAUAAGGGGUGUCGAAGGCGAGGACAGCCUGGAUGUAGGGGAACAUGAGGGAGUUGAGGGGGGCUUUCAUGUUGCCUUGGUCGGGGGAGUUGCCGUUGUUGGGGAUGGAGCCGUUGAUUGCUUGUUCGGAGGCGAUAGAGAUGGCUGUUUCGGCGGCGACGAUGCCGCCCAUGGAGUGGCCGAUCAGGAUGACGCGGACGCCGGGCUCGACGGUGGGGGAGGGGGGGGCGGAGGAGGGAGAGGAGGUGGGUUGGGAAGGCUUGGUU